AUGCAAGCCUCGUUACCGCCAAAUGUGCAGUUUUCAAUAAAAAAAGAAAAACAACAUAUUUUUAUUCAGACGCUGGAGCCUGAUGGCCAUAAAAUACAGCGCAUUCUGUACUGUCAUCCCGGAAAUGACGUCACAGGUAUAGUGUCACGAUCAGAGAAAAUUGUUAACGCUUGUGAAAAGUUGUUGGCCGGGGAGGUGUACCACUACCAUGGAAAGUUCAUACUGAAGAACGCUCACGAAGGAGGGAGACACGUGUGGCAUCAAGACUACGGAUACUGGUAUAAACAGAACCUGUUUCCGGAUAUGAUAACAGUUUGGAUACCUUUGGAUAAAGCUACUAGAAAUAACAGCUGUCUUCAGUUGCUGAAAGGUUCUCAGAAAUGUGGACGUAUAGACCACGGAGCUGGUUCAGGUACCAUGCAAUCAGAGGCCGACCCAGAACGUAUUGAACAGCUUAAAAAGGUCUGCCCACAUCUAUACUGUGAGAUGGAGCCGGGUCAGUAAAGGAAAAAAAAUAACUAUGAAAC